AUGGCGCUCAUGUCACAUUUCGCUGUAAGCAUGCUUUUAGUGAUCCACAUGCUUCCUAUACUUUACUUCUCAAAUAUCACGAGUUUAUUUAUGACAAUAGGUGUGAGUAUUUUACUUCAACUAUUGACGGAAUUGCCUUGGCUCGUGAGUCGGAAAAUACGAUUGUGGGGCUCUACUACCUCAUUGUCAAUUACGGUUGUGAUUGUUGCUGCAAUGACUGGAUUGGGGAUGGAGAUUAUUCUCAAGAAGGAUAAUUUUUGGAGCAACUACGUCUUUACCGCUCUAAAUAUUCGUUUAUCUUGGAUAUGGGGUUCGAUUGCAUUCUUCUUUACUCGAGGUUCGAGUAUAGAGUAUUUUCUAAAGAAUCUCAUAGCAAUUGAUGUUUCGGAGAAUGCAACUAAUGAGAUCAGUUAUAAGUUAAAGGAAUACGAAGAGAAGUUUGAAGCCAUGGAAUUGAAAACUAGACAACUAGAAUACUCGGUAUUGAAGCUUAAGGAAUCCCAAAAUGUGUACAUUAAACAGAGCAAGUCUAAGAAAAAGGAACAAGAGUCAAAUAAGCCGGAAAACAUCUUUGUGAGAUCAUUCCCCUUUAAUAUGCAUGGCAGUACUUCGGGUAUGAGGAGACGACAAGUUUCUGGGCUGACUUCUCCUAAUAAUGAUCACUAUGCAUAUCCACUGCAAAAUCAACAAGUUCUGCCCAAGUUGAGUCCUACAAAAAUUGGUCAUGGCCUCGAAACCAUACUUGAACAACGAGAAUAUAUUGAUGGUCAGCAAAGAGUUGGAAGCACUGUUCCAAAUAAAAUAAUAGAUACCAAAUCACCAUUGUCACUGGCGUUUGAUAAGAAAUACAGCAACAAUUUGCCAUCUUUUGUAGAAACGUCAUCUCCUAUAUUCCAACCAACUCCGAAGACGCCGAGCAAGAGCAACUUGAACAGCUCUUUCACCGAGCCACCUAUUAGAGAAAAGAAAGUAAGUGGAUUCUUCUCACUUCACGGAUUUCCAUUUUCUUCUUCUAUAACAGACUUACUUACUCGCCAAUUAGUACAAAAUGAACUGCGAGAUCAAAUGAUUCCAACUUCGGGAGCAGAGUCCAAUAUCCCUCCCCGUGCUAUGCUGUUACCGGUCAAUGAAAGCAGCAAGCGGAAUGAAAUUGAGACGGAUUCGGACUCCAGAGAAGAGCUUAACCUAUCAAGAGCUAUUAAACAUCUUCUAGAUGACCCCUCCCUUUCCAAACUAAAGGUGAGUGCCAAAUGCAUUCGCAUGCUAAUUUUAAUGGAAAUAAGCAAUUAUUUUCAGCCAUAUUUAACGCCUGAGGUACUAAGUACCUGCAAUAAGAUUCUACAAUACUUGCUUUGGCAAACUUAUUUGAAUAGAUCGGAAGUUUGGAGACUUUUGAUAAGAUCUAGCUUCUUCCCAUUGAAGCUCUUCAAAGCACUUGCUUUCGAUUUCCCCAUAAGCGUGCUAAAAUUUCAAAUGGAAGUAACUUGCUACAUUCCCAUUUUAUUAUAUAGAAAACUCAUGCCACAAGGGGGCAUUAGAAAAUUUUCUCUUAUAGAUAAGUAUUCGAAGUCAAACUCAAAGCCUGUUAGCUUUCAUGCAAAGUGA